GUCUGCCAAUUUUACAACAGAAAACAUGAUACCUGCAGCCAGCAAAAAAACUGCAAUAAGCUUCAUGUUUGUCGGCACUUUCUCCAAGGGGAAUGUAGAUUUCUUCCGUGCAAGAGGUCCCAUAACCUCCUGGAUGCUCAUGCAUUGAGAGUGUUGAAAACUGAAGGCAUUGAUGUGAAAAUAGCUUCAAACAUCCAGGCUAUAUGUCAUCACAAGCAUGUGGAGUUCAACAAGGAACUGAAGGAGGGGAAAAAUAAAAAAGACGAUUCCUCUGCCAAAGCUUCGAAGGACGACAAAGAAGAUAAGGGUGAUGAGAUAUGCUUGUUCUAUGUCUGGAAGUACUGCAAACAUAGAGAUAAAUGCAGAUUUGUUCAUUACCAUUUGCCAUAUCGAUGGCAGGUAUAUAAUGGGAUCACCUGGAAUGACCUUUCCACCAUGGAGGAAAUUGAAAAGGCCUAUUGUGACCCAAAAAAGAGCAGCAUAGCAGAUAAGAACAUUGAUUUCCAGACAAUGACCUGCUGCUCUUCUUCACUUCGACGCCUCUCUACACCGUCAUCAGUUACAAAACCCACAUUUGCAUUGACCACGCAGUGGAUUUGGUAUUGGAAGAAUGACCAAGGCCAGUGGAUUGAAUAUGGAGAACAGGGAGAAGGGAACAGUGUGAAGUCACCAUCCUCUGCUGAUAUUGAGAAUUGGUAUCUAGCAGAUCCAGAUGCCACCGUAUCUUUCCAGGCUGGCUUGCAUCAUUACCAGCUCAAUUUUAAAGAAAUGUCCCAGACAAAUAUCUCUUUCAAAACUCGAAGACGAGUCUGCAGACGACCGAAGUUUGUGUCUUCUGAAGAUGUGCAGAAGAUAAAGAAAGGCCAGAGGAAUUCGUCUAUUCCAAAUCAAGCCUGUCCUGGCCACUGGGAUCAGUCUGCACUGCCUGACUCGGGAUAUAAGGCAGUGGAGAUCAGUAAUACAACCUCUGAAUACAACACCGUGAAGCAGCAGUUUCAUGAGACUAUGAAAAAUUACAACAUCCUGAAAAUACAGAGGAUUCAGAAUCCAUCCCUCUGGAAAGUGUUUCAGUG